AUGAGUAAAGUAUAUGAUUGGUUCGAAGAACGUCUCGAGAUUCAAGCAAUUGCGGAUGAUAUAACUAGUAAAUACGUUCCCCCCCACGUCAAUAUAUUUUAUUGUUUAGGGGGAAUUACGCUUACUUGUUUUUUAGUACAAGUAGCUACUGGGUUUGCUAUGACUUUUUACUACCGGCCGACCGUUACUGAGGCUUUUGCUUCUGUUCAAUACAUAAUGACUGAAGCCAACUUUGGUUGGUUAAUCCGAUCAGUUCAUCGAUGGUCGGCAAGUAUGAUGGUCCUAAUGAUGAUCCUGCAUGUAUUUCGUGUGUAUCUCACCGGCGGAUUUAAAAAACCUCGCGAAUUGACUUGGGUUACAGGUGUGGUUCUGGCUGUAUUAACCGCAUCUUUUGGCGUAACUGGUUAUUCCUUACCUCGGGACCAAAUUGGUUAUUGGGCAGUGAAAAUAGUAACAGGUGUCCCUGACGCUAUUCCUGUAAUAGGAUCACCUUUGGUCGAAUUAUUGCGCGGAAGCGCUAGUGUGGGACAAUCUACUUUGACUCGUUUUUAUAGUUUACACACUUUUGUAUUGCCACUUCUUACUGCCGUAUUUAUGUUAAUGCACUUUCCAAUGAUACGUAAACAGGGUAUUUCUGGGCCUUUAUAG